AGUCGUAGUUGGUUAGUCCGUACAGUCUUGCGACGCAAAUAACCGCAAAAUCUCUGAAGCGUUCCACGAGCUCUAUAUUUGCAAACCGACGGUCUAUCUUGUCGUUAUAUUUCAGUUUUGUAAGUCGAUCCAUACAACAAAAAUGCAGGGUCUGUGGAAUUCAAUUAUUGUUUUCAUGGCAUUGAUAAUUUGCAUAAGUGCACAAAAGCCAUUUUAUGCAUCUGGUAAUGUGUACCCUGCUGUUUUACCACAUCAUUUACCAAGCAGUACAGAUAUCGAUAAUAGAUUUAACGGAAACAUAGACACAACAACUGAUCCAUAUGCGGCAUUUGAAAAAGAUCCAAAGUAUAAUGUCGAUAAACAAUCCAUCGAAAUAAUUAAAACGUAUCCGCGGGAUAAGCAACCAUUUUGGUAUAUAAACGCAGAUCAAUUAAAUAAUUUUAAAGGCCGCCCGCAACGAAAUGAAACUACCACCGCGGCCACAACGGGUACAACGUCCAUAACGACUUCAACGUCUUCAACUACAACAGAACAAUAAAAUAAUUUACAAUAUAAAAUUAUAUUUAUAUGAAAAAUAAUUCGAUAAAAUUAAUUGGAUUAUAACCACCUGAAACUUAGUACCAGGCAACUCAUUUAUCAAAAAUAUAAUUUUAAUGACUUAAAAUACUAAA